AUCCACUAUAUCUGGUCUCCCACAGUACACAGAACAUGGAAAUGCAAUUAUUUUAGUAAAUAUAAACUGCUAAAUACCUUUUCCCAUCAGCAGUUAAAGCAGUCUUGUGACUUCAGCAGAGCACUGGAUAAAGCUUGUAGGAGGAGUUUUCUUUCUGCUGUAGGAGGAUGUGAGACCGCUGGCCCUCUGUCUGGACAGUGCUGAUUGGUCCUGUGCUGAUCCCAUGCACCCUCCCAAAGAAAAAAAAAAACCCUCUAGCAAUACACACCAAACUGAGCAUGUGCAUAGUGACCCUUAGGACUCUGUACUAUCAGCAGAUGGACUGGGGACAGUAGAAGAAGGGUAGGAUCAGAGAAGACAGGAUCAAAGAGCCUUUUUACACAAUGUGGAGGAGCAACCCCUUAGGUUCCACAGUGAGUAUAACAAGCAUGUCUUACUGCAUAUAUAGUCUGAUUUUACAGUUGUGGGUUUAG